AUGUCCGGCCCUCUAUCCAUACAAGCCGAAGCCCUUUUCUCCAAAAUAAAGGAUUUCGAGACAUCACAAAAUAGCAUCAGUCGAGCCGAUCGUCUUCGAUUGGUCCAGUCCUUGGCAAAUUUGACGUUGCAAUUGAAAGAUCCAAAGGAUGCGAUUUUUGAUCAUUUGACCAAUGUCUUUUCUCUCGUCAACUUGCGCGCCUUGUUGGAGUUGGAAGUGCCACAGAAUAUUCCCAAGACAGGGAGUAUCUCGGCGACGGAACUGGCUGAUAAAGUACAGGCUGAUGCGUCGUUAAUCGCUCGCCUGAUGCGAAUCCUGACUGUGACCGGUAUCUUUGCCAUGGUUGGUCCUGAUGAGUAUGCUCAUACGCCCUUCUCGAUGGCUUAUAUCGAGGGACAUGAAGUGGACUUUCUUAAAUUAUGCUGCGAUGAAAUCCUCACAAAUACAUCCCGUCUUCCUGAAUACUUCCGCGCAGUCGGUGGCCGCGACACCACCAGCAUGACUGAAAACCCAUUUACCUGGGGAAACAAUAAACUAGGAUCCAGCUUCUUCGAGAUCAUUUCUCAAGAUCCUCGCCGAAUUAAGCAAUUUGACGUUGCCAUGUCGACUCAAGACUAUACUCUGCCCGUUUUGGGCAUGUACCCAUUUGGCGAAGAGCUGGUUGAUCUCCCAGAUCUGGGAAACAGGGCUUUGAUUGUUGAUAUUGGUGGUGGCAGAGGCCAGUCAUUGUUACAGAUCAAGGACAAAUGGCCUGAGCUGCGAGGGAGAAUGAUUCUUCAGGAUCGGCCGGUAGUGCUCAAUUCGUUUCCUGAGUUGCCGGGAAUUGAGAAGAUGCCUCAUGAUUUUUUCACUGAACAGCCUGUGAGAUACGCAUAUGCAUACUACAUCCGCCGCUGUAUACACAAUUGGACAGACAAACACUGCAUCCAAAUCCUAAAAGCAAUCGUCCCAUCCAUGGCUUCCGACUCGCGCGUUCUCAUUGGUGAGAUGGUCGUUCCAGAAUUCAACAGCGUUCGUCCAGGUGGUGUCGAGGAUAUGGCCCCUUACUGGAUGGACCAUAAUAUGUUUGCGUUUGGUGGACGGGAACGCACAAAGUCGGAUUUUGAGAAGCUUUUUACGGCUUCGGGCCUGAAGUUGGUAAAAGUUUGGCAGAGUGAGGCGUCGAGUCAGGCUGUGUUGGAGGCUAGGUUGGCUGAUUAA